AAAGCCCUGUGCAUCAUUUUCCUCCUUCUGAUCUUAUUCUCCAACGUCCUUCUCAUAUUGAAAAACGCGUGGAAGUUAGAUUUCUACACGAGGCCGAAGAAUCAGAUCAUUCUCUCCCUAGCCAUAGGGGACAUACUCUUGGCUCUCUUUCCGCUGAUCGUGGUGGCUAAGACUUUGUAUGGAGACUGCUUCACCAACUUAAAAACGUGUAGCCUAGCGAUGACGUCAGACACGUACAUGAGAUUUCUCAUUCAUUUCGUCUACGGCCUGGGGGUCGUCGUUCUGGGAAUUGAACUUUUAUUUCGCAACAAGAUCCGAGACAUGACAUCCAGCAAAACAGCCAAGUUUAUUGUUUCUAUCGUACUGAGCGGCAUCCCCUGGCUACUGGGUCUCAUCUUCGUCCUACCGCUCUGUCUGGCUAACAUUGACAUGACAACGUGUUCGUCUGUGCAGACCUUACAUCAGGCAGAGGCCGCGGUGGUAAUCUCUGUUAUUCUGCCCGCGUGUGCUGCUGUGGUCAUGUGUAUUGUGGUCAAUUGUCGUGCGUUUCCUUCAGGUCAACGCCAACAGACAACGGCUACAUCCGCACCGAUGGUUACGAUAACGACGAGUCACUCGAGUUCUCCGCUACAAUCUGGUAACGGAUUUACAGCGCCACCAACAAAUGGGUACUAUCCAGGCAACCAGUAUCCACAGCAACCUCUUCCCGGACAGCAUCCACUUCAGCAGUACCCUCAACAGAGGAACAACCCACAAGCCCAUCAGUUAUAUGCCGCUCAGCAACCUCAGGUCACACAGCAACCCCAUGUCGCACAGCAGCCCUAUGCUGCGCAGCAACCCCCUGUCAAACAGCAAACCUAUGUCGCACAGCAACCCUACACGGUGGUACAACCCAACCAGGGCGUGUACAUACCGAACGAUGCUGGGGUGGCAUUGUCGAAAUUCCACCGGGAAAAGUCCAGACUCCUUGCCAUUGCCAUAGUUUUCUUUCUCUUUGUUGCUCCACAGGCCAUCUAUCAGCUCAGCUAUUGUCUGAACCUAAACAGUAUCACGAUGGAGAGCAGGAUUGCUGCCACGGCCAUUAGUGACUUCGUGUUUUGGUUAAUGGUCAUCAGAUCAUUCGUGACGCCGCUGAUAAUGUACUGCUAUUCUGAUGUCUAA